AUAUCUCACAUUCAUUUGUCUCAGUACAUAAUUGUUCGUAUUAUCAAUACCCUCAUUAGCAACAUGUUGGGAACGAAAACAGUGACGUUGUUCUAGUUGCGCAUCUAACUAGUCAUCGUGAGCACUGCCACAAAAAGUGCGCGUCGUCAUUGAUACCUAUUGGUCCCUGAUCACUGUCGCCAAGGACUCCUAACGACUCCCUCCCUUCGCGCAUAAACCCACCAAGACCGGGUACGAUAGUUGCCCAAAAUUGGGUAUAAGGAUACUGCUAGUCUUGCCUUGGGGGGCCGUGUUCUGUUUUUGACUGCAGUAGCAUGCGUUUCGAUUUAGUACACUCUCGACUAGCCUACCUUGUUAUCUACUAGGUAGUUGUCGCUUUUACGUUACCAGGGAGUGCGCAGUUCAUCAUGUCUCUCCAAGAGGGUAAAAAGUCACCCUCACAUCAGAGAAAUGGAGAUGCUUCGCCGAGCAAUGGAACGCGGCUGGUUGAUGUUGGGGACUCUGCAGCCAUGGAUGCUCCUCCCGCGUAUAGCGAACAUCAUGAUCAGUUCCAGUUGAGCCAGGCUGGGUUUGCUGCAGGCGCUGCUGUGACCGAUGAUAGGGCUGUCACCGGUGCUCCGUCGGAGAGUUUUGUGGCUAAUCAGCCCACGCUCUGGGUCGUUCCAACUCCAGACGAUGGUCGGGUCAAUAUCAACAUCAAUCAGACGAGCUCCAGAUUUACAGAUCUGCUCAUCCCUGCCUUGAGAACCCAGACUCUACCUCAGGAAAAGAUCACGGACCUCCCACCUUCAUACAUUCCUCCAAGUUUGGGCGGUCUACCUGGCCAAGCCCCACCACCAAAGCUCAAUGUAGUUGUGCAGAUCGUCGGCUCUCGAGGCGACGUGCAGCCGUUUGUGGCCCUGGGAAAGGUUCUCAAGGACACCUACGGCCACCGUGUGCGUAUAGCCACGCAUCCUACCUUCAAGAGCUUCGUCGAGGAGAAUGGCCUCGAAUUUUUCAGCAUCGGCGGCGACCCGGCUGAGCUGAUGGCCUUCAUGGUCAAGCAUCCCGGGCUGAUGGUGCCCUUUGAGGCCAUCAAGGACGGUGAAGUCAAAAAGCGCAGGAUGGGAAUCGAGGAGAUAUUGCUCGGCUGCUGGCGCUCCUGCAUCGAGGCUGGGGACGGCUCUGGACCACCGCCACAAAUGCAUAAACCGAAUGAGCCCCUGGAUGAGAGGUUCUUUGUUGGGUCUCAGGGGCAAAAACCGUUUGUUGCUGAUGCCAUCAUUGCGAACCCUCCCAGUUUUGCACAUAUUCACAUUGCCGAGAAGCUGGGAAUUCCCUUGCAUAUGAUGUUCACGAUGCCUUGGUCACCUACCAAAGCCUUCCCUCACCCUUUGGCCAAUAUUCAGUCCAGUAAUGCCACCGAGGUCAUGACCAACUAUGUUUCCUACACUCUGGUUGAAAUGAUGACUUGGCAGGGACUAGGUGAUGUCAUCAACAGGUUUCGCCUGAAAACUUUGGAUCUGGAACCCCUUUCACUGAUAUGGGCACCUGGACUUCUUGCGAGGUUGAGAAUACCAACUACGUAUUGCUGGUCCCCUGCCCUGAUUCCUAAGCCAAAUGACUGGAACCCUGAAAUCUCCAUUUCUGGCUUCUACUUCCUCAAUCUCGCGUCCUCUUAUACGCCUGAGCCCGACCUGGCUGCCUUCUUGGCGGAUGGACCCCCUCCUGUUUACAUAGGGUUUGGAUCCAUCGUGGUGGACGACCCUAAUGCCUUGACAAAGAUGAUAUUCGAAGCUGUAACAAAGACUGGCGUCAGGGCUUUGGUAUCAAAAGGGUGGGGUGGUAUUGGCGCCGAUUCCAUUGGCAUUCCCGAUGGUGUUUUUAUGCUGGGGAACUGCCCGCAUGACUGGCUCUUCCAGCAUGUCUCGUGCGUGGUGCACCAUGGUGGUGCUGGAACAACCGCGGCUGGUAUUAAGCUGGGCAAGCCCACCGUUGUGGUUCCCUUCUUCGGAGAUCAACCAUUCUGGGGCUCGAUGAUUGCAAGAGCUGGGGCCGGCCCUGAGCCAGUUCCUUACAAGAAGUUGGAUGCCGAAUCACUGGCUGCUGCUAUUCGCAAAGCAUUGGAGCCUGCUACACUCGCCAAAGCCAAGGAGCUCGGUGAAAAGAUUCGAGAAGAGCAAGGCUGUGAUGUUGGUGGCAAGAGCUUCCACGAUUUUCUGGAUACUGACAACCUGAGAUGUUCACUGGCGCCUAGUCGUGUCGCUGUGUGGAGGGUUCGUCGAUCAAAAGUCAAACUGAGCGCACUUGCUGCUGCUGUCCUUUUGGAGAAGAACAUCAUCGAGCAGUCUGAUUUGAAGCUAUAUCGCGCCAAGGAGUACACCACCGAGGGUCAACCGUGGGAUCCCAUUUCAGCGGUUACUGCUGCUCUUAUUGGAGACGUCGGCACCAUUGCAAUGACCAUCUCAGAUGUACCUCGGGAGUUGUUCAAGAGCAGAAAAAAGGGUCCUAGCACACCCGGAACACCGUCUGCAGAGGGUAAACCACAGGCCGACGCUGCUUCCAUUGCAACACCUACAACAGCUGUUGCCAGCUCGGCAUCCACAAGCGCCGUCUCUAUUCCAAACCUCACCUUGAGUGGUCCGGAGUAUGAGAAAGGAAGUACUUCCGAAGAGAAUAUCAGUGGUUCGGGUGCAGUGUCCCCUGGCUCACCACAACCCCCGACACCAGCUCGUACCCCUGAAGGUCAACACCAAAACAACCAUGGUCAGGAGUCCAACGGCACGAGGAGUCAGUCUCCAGGUGUGACGGUGCAGACAGCCAUCGAUACAGGCAAGGGUGUGGUGCGGAUUGUUGACGCCGGCUUCAAGACACCGAUGAACUUCUGUCUUGGUCUAGCCCGUGGCUUCAGAAAUGCCCCUAGACUCUACAAUGAUGACAGUGUUCGCGCACCCGAGAGAGUGACCGACCUGAGCUCCGGGUUGAAAGUCGCUGGCAAGGAGUUUGGUCUCGGAUUGUACGACGGCAUCUCUGGCCUCAUCACUCAGCCCCUGAAGGGAGCCCAGAAAGAGGGUGGUGUCGGCGCUAUCAAGGGGUUUGGCAAGGGAAUCGGGGGUAUUGUCCUUAAGCCGGCGGCAGCUUUCUGGUCGAUACCGGCCUACACAAUGCAGGGCGUCAAUGCGGAGAUCCGUACAAUGUGGAGCAAGAGCUGGCAGAACUACAUCAUUGCAUCCAGACUUGCGCAAGGCCGACAAGAUCUCACUGAUUGUUCAUACCAAGAGCGUGAGGAUAUAACUCUUCGGUGGAAUUCCAAGAACGAGGAGUUGAAGGGCUAUUUUCAACUCAAGCACAAGUCCAGAGAUUCACAAAAAGGAGCUCGAUCGCCUUCGGCAAUAGGUCCGGCCUCACCGGGUAUUGUUUCAAGCUCGUCCGUGCCCCCAACUGCUGGACCUUCUACUCUGGCAGAGCCCCCAAAGACAGGUUUCUGGCACACUCGUAAAUUGUCCUUUGAGAAGCGCAAGCAGCUCCAUGCUCAAAAAGAAGCGUGGAAAAGGGGACAGGCUGGGGGAGCGGGUGGUUCCUCGGCUGCUCCGCCGCCGCAGGCUAAUUUCGAAGAUGAGGAGCUGGAGCGCGCCAUUCGUGAGUCUGUAAAACAGACAUCCAAUGGAGACCCUGAAGAAGAUGUCCGGAUCGAGCAGGCAAUCCGUCAAAGUGUUAGUGAGAUGCACAGACCCGAAAAUAACAGCGGGAAGGCCAGCCUAAGGUAUCCCGAGCCGGCGGCGACGGCAGUAGGUGCCCAGUCCUCAGACGACAUAAGUGACGAGCAGUACCAGGCUUUGAUUGAAGAAGCCGUAAGGCAGAGUCUACAAAGCCACAACAAAGCAGGUGAUUACCGCAACAAGGCCAUUGAUGACGGCGAAGACGAUGAUGAGCAGCUUCGACUUGCUAUCAAGCAAUCGAUUGAACAUGGGCAAACCGCGUCCUACGGAGGAGGCGAAACGGACCAAGAUCUCAAGCGAGCUCUGUACGAGUCCGAAGCUGCACAUUGGGAGCAACAGCGCCGAGACGAGGCUGCCAGGACCGAGGAAGAGGUGGUGUUGGAGUACAUCAAGAAACAGAGCCUGGCGGAAGGGGAAUAUGCGCGCAAGGGCAAGGGUCCAGCUGCUGCUGCUGCUUCGGUGACCAGGGAGGAUGAGGAGCACGAUGAGGACUUGAAGAGGGCGUUGGAGGAAAGUCUAAAGAUGAGUUCCGGACGGCCGGGUGGUUCCUCAGGGCAGUAAGUGGAGGGAAGGUAUAGGGACGAAUACGCAGCACUUUGCCAGUACAUGACUAGAGAACGGGUGGAACAUAAUCACAUUAAAGAUGCGAACAAGAUUAUUCUUUCUAUUAGCUCAAAAAUAUUUACCUAUGAUUUAUCUUCAAUAUUGCAGUGAAGUGGGUUUGCUACUGCACAACAAGUAACAUGGGCGCAAGCAUUUGAGUCGAUCCCAGUUUGGAAGUGACCCGGGUCAUAUCGCAACCUCGGCCUCUACUUCAUACGCAGCAUCAUCUUCCUCAUGUUCACCGCUGUCUAUACCUUCUCGACGUAUCUUCUUUGCGCCCAUCCUGUAGAUGACCAAACUGUUCAGAUGAAUAUCUUCAGCCCAGACGUAGUCUUCAAACCUCUCCAAGAUGCCCGUGGCAUCUAUAGUCACCUUGUCCUUUCCGAAACGCUUCCCACCACCCCCACCGCCGCCUCUCCUCGAAGACCGCUGCCCGCCCUUGGCGUAUAUAGUGUUGACCACAGUGGCAUGCAGCUUCAGCGGCCGGAUUUCAGCCACCAUCAAGCCGGCGUCCUUGAACACUGCCGCGACGCGCUCACAGAACGACUGGAGGAUGUUUGGCGACGCUGCCGGCUGGGAUACCAGCGUCGGCUGCGCAUAGAGCACGGUGGCCUUGGAGGUGUCCUUUUGCAUCGUGCACAAGCCACGCAGCGAUAUCGUCAGGCCGCCGCCGUCACCGCCCAGGAGUCCCUCGCCUCCCUUCCCUGCAGCCUCGGCCAGCACCUCGCGCGGCUUCAUGGUCCUCAACAGCGCCACGGCCCUGGCCAAAUCACCACCACCGCCGUUGUUCCCGCCGAGCGCCAUGACGCCCAGCGUCAGGUGCAGAGUGCCCGGCGGCCGCACGGCGUCCGGUGGGACCCCAUACCCCGUGGUGACUUCGUCUCGGAAGGCGGUCAGGGCCCGGGACAGCUGGAUGCGCGCUGGGGAUGUUGGCGACGAGGGCACGAGGGGGAUAGCCAGGAAGUGGGUGAGGACGGGUCUGGCGUUUGCGGAGCCGCUCGCCGCCAUACUGUAAGGUCCUUUUUAUAGGCUGUUAUUUGUGUUCAAUGUUUCUUUUUUUUUUUUUUUUUUUUUUGGUCCAGUACAAGUUCAGUGACGUUAUUGAUCCAAUUUUU